AUGGCUCUCCCAGUCCCACACUUAGCCUCUAGCCUUUGCCAUCAACAUAUGACAAGACAAUCGGCGAAGCGUCACCAAUUCAUUGUAGAUAUCCCACCCGAACGAAGCAUUCGCUCCGCAUGUCCUAUGCACUCGUAACUAAUCAAAGCCACCAACUAAUAACUGUUUAAUGAUUUCAAACUCAAAACUGAUUUAUUUAUAACCAAAAAAAAUACUUUAGUCUAAAAAGUUUGGGUAGUUUUGUUAACGCUACGCUAAGCUAACUGACUGGCAUGCAUAAGGAUAGGGCAACACUACACGCAGCAUUUAAAAAAAAAAUUAAUGGCCGACUAGCUAUCGAAGCGGGUGAUCGACGCGUAUUUCGUAAAAACAAUUUAGCAUUCAGUUUUACUUCGACAAGAUUUAAUUUUGAUAUUUUUAAACAGUUUGUGUUCUUUAUAGUUUGGUGUGGUAUUUUUAUUAGAAAAAAUGUUGGGUUCUGGGGAUAGCAGCUACAUCAUAAAGUUGCGCGGCUUGCCUUUCUCCACCACCGUCGAAGAUGUCCUCGAUUUUCUCCGGGGCGUCAACGUGUGUAAUGGUAAAGAAGGCGUGCACUUGACCGAGGUGCGACCAGGUCGCCCUUCUGGAGAAUGUUUCGUGGAAGUAGAGAGCCAGCAAGAUGUGGAAGAAGCUCUCAAGAAGGAUAAAGAUAACAUGGGCAAGAGAUACAUUGAGAUCUUUUCCACCGACCGCCAAGACAUGGAAUGGGCUAUAAAUGCCAUGCGUCAAUCUGAGAAUGGUGGCUUUGAUGGUAUACCUAAUGUAUCUGAUGAUAUGGGUAUCGUUAAGCUGCGAGGCUUGCCUUUUGGCUGCAAUAAAGAAGAAAUCAUCCAGUUCUUUGACGCCAGCUACCUUUACCCCAAGGCAUAUAACCUGAUCUUUAUUUGCACGUCGGAUGGGGCAGGGCUGACGGUCGCCACGGAUGGGGUCCACUUGCUCUCCGACGUCACGGGGCGGGCCUCGGGAGAGGCGUUCGUACACUUCGUAGACAAGGAGAGCGCACAAGAGGCUCUCAACAGGGACAGGGAGAAAAUAGGACACAGGUACAUUGAAGUAUUCCUGAGUUCCGCAGACGAGGUUCGUGCUUACACUGCUCGUAUUGAGAGUGGGUUCCGCUCAUCAAGAGGUUACAGACCGACCCCGUACGACAGGAACGACAGAUUUUCUGGAAGAUUCGGCAAUAGGGGACGAGGUUCAUUUGGUAGGGGCGGUGGUUAUGGCGGCGGCGGCCGCGGUGGAUUCCGUCGUGCUGGCAGUGGGUGUCACUGCGUACACAUGCGCGGCCUGCCAUUCAAGGCUACUCCACAAGAUAUCGCCUAUUUCUUCAAGCCAAUCCGACCCAUGAACAUCAACAUUCUGUAUGACAACAGUGGUCGGCCUUCCGGCGAAGCUGAUGUGGAGUUCGAAUGUCACGAAGAUGCUAUGAGGGCAAUGAGACGUGACAAGAACAAUAUGGAUCACCGUUACGUCGAGUUGUUCUUGAACUCCUCGCCCAGCGGUGGCGGUGGUGGCGGCGGCUUCAAACCCAACAGGAGCUUCAGGAACAACUACUGAACAUACACAGGCGACGGUAAGCGGGUAACUGGGGAAAUGCUGAACUAUACAAACGUUAAUUAGUGGUUCACUAUGCAGUCUUUAUUUACUUCAAUUAGCAAAAACGUAUUUUUGAAAGUCAUGUAAUCAAGUGAAGUUACUUGCUGGUUUGUACUGGCUUAA